UACACACAAAGCUCAACGACAAUGGCAUCUUUCACUACCAUCGAACUUCUCACUCCAACGGGACCAGUGAGUCGCCGAGUAUGCGUUGCCCCACCACGCAAACCAACUGUAGACGAAAUGCCCGUGAUCGACCUCAGUAGCAUCGACCAAGAUGCGAACGCAAGGAAGGCACUUGCAGUCAAAAUAAAGGCAGCAGCAGAGAACACUGGGUUUUUCUACGUAUGCAAUCAUGGGAUCUCCGAAGAAUUGAUCCAAAGCGCUCUCGAAGAGGUCAAGGGCUUCUUCAAUCAAUCGACAGAAGACAAGGACCGUGUUGGGUUUCACCGUGCGGGGAAGUCUUGCGGCUAUCAUGGCGUCGGGAGCACGCAAAUCAACAACAAGGAGACCAGAGAUAAGAAAGAAACCUUCUCAAUGCGCUACGACACCCGUAUCGACCCGCUGCACACUGAAGAUCCCCAAGACAUCAACUCCUCAUUCUCUUCUAUAGACUACGUAUGGAACGGCACAUCACAUCUCCCCAAUUUCCGACCUGUCUUGACCCAGUUCUACCAAGAGCGCUUGAAACUGGCGCGCAAGCUCAUCCAACUAUUCGCCCUUGCGCUCGAUCUGCCUGAAGACUACUUCGACUCCAUCGUCACACAGCCAGGCGCAGACGCAGUGCAUCUUCAUUACCCCGGCACAGAAGAAAUGCCCGGGGACGCGAAAAACGGAAAAGACGUAGAUGUCGGCAUCGGAUCGCAUACGGAUAUCCAAUGCUUCACGCUGCUUUGGCAGGACAUGUCGGGGGGUCUGCAGGUCCUUUCUGCUGCCGACGAAUGGCUAGAUGCGCAGCCCAUCGAAGGCACGCUUGUCAUCAAUAUCGGGGACUUCAUGCAACGGCUGUCAAAUAACAAGUUCAAGUCGACUGUGCAUCGCGUGUAUAAUCGACAGACGACGUCGAGGUAUGCCAUGCCCUUUUUUCUUGGAUUUAACCCGGAUCAUGUUUGUGAGGUUCUUCCGACGUGUGUGGACGCGGAUCAUCCUCCUUUGUACGAACCUAUAUCGUGUGGCGAGUGGCGGGAUAUGCGGUUGAAGUUAGCAGAGAGUGGCAAAGUCGCAUAG